GCACUGGUUGCCUCCUUCCCCCCCGAGCGGAGCUGCGGGGCCGGCCGGGCCGGGGCGGACCCCGGGAACCCGGACACGGCCGCCCGGGCCCGCGGGCGGGGGGAUCGGCGGGGGUAAGGGGCGGCAGAGGCAGCCACCAUGGAGUUCCGUCAGGAGGAGUUUCGGAAGCUGGCGGGUCGCGCCCUCGGGAGGCUGCACCGCCUUCUGGAGAAGCGGCAGGAAGGUGCAGAGACGCUGGAGCUGAGCGCUGACGGGCGCCCUGUGACGACGCAGACCCGGGAACCCCCUGUCGUGGACUGCACCUGCUUCGGCCUCCCGCGCCGCUACAUCAUCGCCAUCAUGAGCGGCCUGGGCUUCUGCAUCAGCUUUGGCAUCCGCUGCAACCUGGGCGUGGCCAUCGUCUCCAUGGUCAACAACAGCACCACCCACCGCGGGGGCCACGUGGUGGUGCAGAAAGCUCAGUUCAGCUGGGAUCCAGAGACGGUCGGCCUCAUACACGGCUCCUUUUUCUGGGGCUACAUUGUCACCCAGAUUCCCGGAGGAUUUAUUUGCCAAAAAUUCGCAGCCAACAGGGUCUUCGGCUUUGCUAUCGUGGCUACGUCCACUCUAAACAUGCUGAUCCCCUCGGCUGCCCGCGUCCACUACGGCUGCGUCAUCUUCGUGAGGAUCCUGCAGGGGUUGGUAGAGGGGGUCACGUACCCCGCCUGCCACGGGAUCUGGAGCAAAUGGGCCCCACCCUUAGAGCGGAGUCGCCUGGCGACCACGGCUUUUUGCGGUUCCUAUGCUGGGGCGGUGGUCGCGAUGCCCCUCGCCGGGGUUCUGGUGCAGUACUCGGGAUGGAGCUCCGUUUUCUAUGUCUACGGCAGCUUCGGGAUCUUCUGGUACCUGUUCUGGCUGCUUGUCUCCUACGAGUCCCCGGCGCUGCACCCCAGCAUCUCGGAGGAGGAACGCAAGUACAUCGAGGACGCCAUCGGCGAGAGCGCCAAACUCAUGAACCCCCUCACGAAGUUCAGCACCCCCUGGAGGCGCUUCUUCACGUCCAUGCCGGUCUACGCCAUCAUUGUGGCCAACUUCUGCCGCAGCUGGACGUUCUACCUGCUCCUUAUCUCGCAGCCCGCCUACUUCGAAGAGGUGUUCGGCUUCGAGAUCAGCAAGGUGGGCCUGGUGUCCGCGCUGCCCCACCUGGUCAUGACCGUCAUCGUGCCCAUCGGCGGCCAGAUCGCCGACUUCCUGCGGAGCCGCCGCAUCAUGUCCACCACCAACGUGCGCAAGCUGAUGAACUGCGGGGGCUUCGGCAUGGAAGCCACGCUGCUGCUGGUGGUCGGCUACUCGCACUCCAAGGGCGUGGCCAUCUCCUUCCUGGUCCUCGCCGUGGGCUUCAGCGGCUUCGCCAUCUCUGGGUUCAACGUGAACCACCUGGACAUCGCGCCGCGCUACGCCAGCAUCCUCAUGGGCAUCUCCAACGGCGUGGGCACCCUCUCUGGCAUGGUGUGUCCUAUCAUCGUGGGCGCCAUGACCAAGCACAAGACUCGGGAAGAGUGGCAGUACGUGUUCCUAAUUGCCUCCCUGGUGCACUAUGGGGGUGUCAUCUUCUACGGGGUCUUCGCUUCCGGAGAGAAGCAGCCGUGGGCGGAGCCGGAGGAGAUGAGUGAGGAGAAGUGCGGCUUCGUCGGCCACGACCAGCUGGCUGGCAGUGAUGACAGCGACAUGGAGGACGAGGCUGAGCCCCCCGGGGCGCCCCCUGCCCCUCCUCCCUCCUACGGGGCCACACAGAGCACAAUUCUGCCCCCGAGGCCCCCGCCCCCUGUCCGGGACUACUGACCAUGUGCCUCCCACUGAAUGGCAGUUUCCAGGACCUCCGCUCCACACAUCUUUGGCCUGAGUGACAGUGUCGAGGAACCCCACUCCCCUCAGGCCUAAGGCGCACUCUUCCUUGUUCCCAGUGCUGUCAAAUCCUCUUUCCUGCCCAAUUGCCUCUCAAGGGUAGUGAAGCUGCAGUUUGGCAGUUUCAAGGAUACCGAAUUACCCCAAAGGCCUCCCUACAGGAUUCCAGGCUCCCUUCCCCAUUCCUUCUGCCUCAGUGGUCUCCAACCUCUCCUUUCAGGGCUUUAUUUGGAUGGACAAUUCAACUUCUUACUCUCGCGAUUUUAAGGCACUUUCCCUUUCCCUUAACCCCAGGGACUCUCAGGCUAACCCCUGAGAUUACUCAGCCCCUCUCUCCUUUCAGAGAAAUUCUAGAAGUUCCAAAUCGCUCCGAACUCUAUUCUGCAUUCUCCAGGUUGGUUUAACCAAUCACCCAUCCCCGCCAUUCCAGGGAUUGAUUCUCACCAGCGUUUCUGAAAGAAAAUGGCAGUUUCAAGUACCCGCCCCACCUUGCACUUCCCCUCUCCACUCCCACCCCGAUGCUGAGAUCUCCUGCUGCAGCACCAAUUUCCCUGAGACCUUCUCCCUAGCUUGGCACAAUGUCUAGGGAAACAACCAAAAUGGUGGUUUUAACACUAUGCUUCUCUCAGCCCCCAUGCACUUUCUCUGACACGGAUUUCAGGUCUAAACAGUGGCUGCUCAAGUCCACCUACACCACGGUUUGAAGCCACCACUGUUAAACUUCCCCAUGGUGGUCUCAAGAUUCCCCUCUUCCCCCCAAUUCCUUGCACUUUAGUUUCCUGGGUGGUUUCAAACUGCCCUCAGUUUCUCAGUGGCCAUUCGUCGUGUCCCUCAGGGACUAAAUGAUUUAAAGUCUGGGCUCCUUCACCUCUCAGACACCCCCUCUUUUGGCUUAGAGUUUGGGGGGAACGUAUAUUGGAGGCGUCACAGCAUCCCAGGAAAGGGAACGGGGCUGGGAAGAGGGCUGUUUUUCCCGGGGCAGGGUUGUGUCUUUGUGUCUCUGUCUCCGUGACUGUAAAACCUGCCCCGCCCCACUCCCAAUAAAAUGCUUUGGUGUACA